UAAAAAAAAUGACCCAUGGUUUCUGGUGUUUUAUGGUUUUAUUUCUCUACAUUUAAAACUUGGAUCCAUUUGGAAUUUACCCUAAUAAAAUUUUAGAAUUUUCCAAGGUGUUAGGAAGAAAUUCGACUAUUUUCCUCCCCCUAGUUGGAUUCCUGGUUUUACCAACAUUUAUCGACUAACCUAUUUUCCAUAAAUCAGAGGCCAUCCCACCUUUUACCAUCAGCGAAAUUCUCAUCCUAACAUAGUUUCAGAAUGAGAUGUUGAAUACCAUUUAGUGAGGGCAAACUUGUUUGUUCUGUUUCUAAUAGCCAAGCUUACUAAGCAAGUAAUGGAGCUAAUUAUUUUCUGUCAAAAACAAUAUGCCAGACUUCUGAGAGCACAUUAUCCAAAUAGAAAUGUGUAUGGCUCUUAGCAGACAGAAAAGUCGUGAAAGAAAAGACAGAAAGUCGUGGCAAAUAAAAACUCAAAAUUAGAAUGAUUUCACCAGAUGUUCCUCAGAAUGAUCUUUCUUUUAUUGUAUGACAACGGACAGUUUGGUAGAGUGGAGACGCCGGGCUGAGGGCAGGAGGCCUGCUGACUUUAUUGUCUCUGUCUAGUCUCUUCCUCAUUUAAUAACCCCGGCAAACACUUAGAACAUUGCCUGGCCUACAGUAAGUGCUAAAAGCAUUGCAUGUAUUAAUUAAUUCAGUAUGUGUAAUUAAUAACAAGUUUGUAAUCUGUGAUGAAUUAUACACAUAUUAAAUGUUAUUACUAAUAGAAAUGUCAAUAGGCCCUUUCAGCUUGGUCAAAAAAACCCCAAACCCCAAACCACCCCACAGCUGUCAUGAGCUACAUGUGUGCCACAAAGUAUAAGGAUAAGUCAAAUGAUGAUCCGGGAAGGCUUGGAGAUUAUGACCUUCCCAAUGUUGUCCCUCACCUCCGCAUUUCUGUGACUUGGCAUAGGCCGUUCCCUCGGUCAGAGAGCCUUUCCUACCUGUGGCCCCCACCCUCCCCCCAGACACAGAAGUAUAUGUCUUUUUUUUCUUUAGGAACUACCUCAAAUGUCGUCCCUUGGCCCCUCUUCCAGGAAGACUAACUCAGGUAGUCUUGUAAAUGCCUAGCACUUUUAUAUAGAGUGGUAUGCCUCAUGACAGGGGUAGAUUAAAUAUUGUUCCAUCAGUUAGACUCGAGUCUUUUGAGGUCAGGGCCCUCUGUGUAUCUCUGCACAGCCCCUGACAUAGUUGCUGGCUUAUAACAGGUGUUCAACUGAAAGGAAAGAAUAAAAACGUGUAUCCGUGAUUACACAGUAUCUUCCUUGAUGAAAGUUAGAAAGGCCUCAGGCAGAAUCAGCACACAGGCCCCUGAUAGCUGGUAAAACCAAACAGCUUAAUCUUCUGUUCUAUUUCUCUUUGACUGCGUGGGAACCUGAACGCAAAGUAUUAAGUGGUGUAUGGCCUAUUUUAAAGGUAUGCUCUACCGAGUGAAAAAUCAGACAUUUCCUGUGAUCGCGUCGUUCCAGCUUCUGCAUUUUCAAAAGCCACAUUCUUAGGAUGGUAGCUAAAUCGGAACGUUGUUGAUUAAAAUUAGCCCGAGAAACAAACACAGAAACAUCACACACACCAGACCGUCAGACUUCUGCCAGCCACAACUAUUCAGAACAUACUCGAGAACCCCAGAAGGAAUCCAAAAGGUCUCUAGGUUGGAAGCAAACAGUUCUCACGAAGCCUGUGUACUUGACAUAGGAGGGGAGGCACAGUGCCACUUGCAUGCCACAGCCUAUUUACUGACUUUGAAUUUUCAUAGAAGACUCCCAAGGACUCCUUAACAAGUCUGGAUAUUCAGCUUCCUUUCAAGACAUUUUUGCUUGUCUUGGGUUUUCGGUAGAAAAAAGAUGAAAAGAACUCUUCCACCCAUGCGGCCAGAAAGCACUAACUAAAGCAUGGUUGAAAUGAGUGUGAAAAUUGCCAAAAUGCUUUGGAGUUUUUAACUAACUGACUUAAGGAAAGUCCAAAAUAGAUUUGAGACUGUAAAAACAGAAGCUGCAGCAAGGGGGAUUCAGUGCCAAUGCAUCAACAAAAAAGACAGCCAGAGUUAGUGGAAGGAAAUCUUCCUGUUUUUGUGUUUCCCACGGAGCUAAUAUUUUAUGCAGAUGACCAGUCAACACAUAAGCAAGUGUUGACUCUGUAUAAUCCCUAUGAGUUUGCCUUAAAGUUCAAAGUUUUGUGUACUACUCCAAAUAAGUAUGUUGUCGUCGAUGCUGCAGGUGCAGUAAAGCCUCAGUGUUGUGUGGAUAUUGUGAUUCGUCAUAGAGACGUUCGAUCCUGUCACUAUGGUGUAACGGACAAAUUCCGUCUCCAAGUUUCCGAGCAAAGCCAGAGGAAGGCUUUAGGAAGGAAAGAGGUUGUGGCUACUCUUCUCCCGUCCGCAAAAGAACAACAAAAGGAAGAAGAGGAAAAAAGGAUAAAGGAACAUUUAACUGAAAGUUUAUUUUUUGAGCAGUCCUUUCAACCAGAAAACAGAACGGUCUCUUCAGGACCUAGUUUACUGACUGUCUUCCUGGGAGUGGUGUGCAUUGCGGCUUUGAUGCUUCCUACGCUGGGGGAUGUGGAAUCGCUGGUGCCUCUCUACCUCCACUUAAGUGUGAAUCAAAAAUUAGUGGCUGCUUAUAUCUUAGAAAAACAGGUCUUAUCACAAUGGCCAUACUUAGAACAUGAGCAAGGAAUUCAGUUGACUUCUGAAGUAAAUUUAUCUUGCAAAUAUGAAUGUGGACUGCCUUUUAUCUCUUUCACUCCAUUAACAUGCUAUAAACUAUUGAGUGAUUUACAAUAAUUGCAAAUGUAUAAUUGCAAACGUAUAAUAUAUAUUUUAAAUUACUCUAUAAUUUUAUUUGAAGGACUCUAGCACAUUAUGAUACAGACAGCAAGGAUGCCUCUGAAUUACGCCUAGGAAAUUAUUUGAAAAAAUUCUUUUUAUAUCUAAACCGAUUAUGCAAAAGACUUUAACCAUCUGAUAUUUUCUCAUCUUUUUUUCUAAUUUACUUUGAUUAAGGUCGUAUGUCCUUCACAGUUAAAGGCCUGAAAGAGCAAACUGACCAGCUUAAAUGUAAAAUGACACUUCCUAACUACAAACAUCAAUGUUCCUAUGUAAAUUAUACCUUGUCCUCUCAUUAUAAACAGUUGCCAUGGUGUUUCUAAAAUAAGUUUCACGGUUAAUGUGUGGAGGGCACCAAGAGAAAAAGCAUAAAGUGCUGAGGGAUCAUGCUUAUCCUAUCCUAGGAUCUCACAGGAGACCAGACAUAUUUCAUUCAUCUGGUGAACUACAGCACAGGUUGUGGUCCAGACACAAAGCAUGUGGGGGUUUUUGCAACCCUCAGAAUUAGGGUGACUUCUCUAUUUGGCCUACGAAUUCUAAAGGAAGGUAGGCAUUUGUUUAGUUAAUUGGUUCACCCUGCCUUUACCUCUGGAUAAUGCUUUCUGUUAACGGGAGGAAAAAAAUCACUUUAUCAUUUCUUCCUAGCCCUUUGCCUGACUGUAAGCAACUAGCCCAGUCUGGGGUUACCAGAUGCCGGGUGGUUUAUAUGGAGAUGUUUUUCACCUUUAAACUCCAAGCCAAGUAUACAAAAUCCUUGAUACGUGUCUAUUUUAUAACAGUCAUGGAGAUAUUUUUUAAGUUUGUAUUUAUUAAAACAACUUUACCAAAAAAAAAAAGCCCCUAAAG